AUGCUGGAGGUGAUUGGUGCUGGUAUCGGCCGCGACACGAAGGACUACUCGGUGGAGUACAAGAACAGCAAGCUGUGCGAGUACAACGUGGAGAAGGCCCUUCGCCUGGCGGAACCGUCGACGGAGUUUGUGGCAUUUUCGACGCUGAACUGGACGCCGAUGGCGACGAGCUUUGGCAACCAGCUCAAGGAGUGCGUGACCAAGUGCUUGCAGACGUACUGGCGCAGUCCCCAGUACAACUUUGUGCGUCUGGCGUCGUUCCCGUGGUUCGCGUUGGUGUUUGCCACGACGUUUUACAAGUUGCCGCGCGACAACGUGUCUCAAAUCAAGUCGCACAUCGGGCUGAUCUACAACUCGAUGGAUUUCAUCGGGAUCAUCAACUUGAUGACGGUGCUCGACAUCACGUGCUUGGAGCGUGCUGUGUUUUACCGCGAGCGCAUGUCCAACUACUAUGGUCCGCUGCCGUACAGUCUGUCGCUGUUUGCGUCGGAGGUGCCGUACUUGGUGGUGGCAGUGUCGCUCUUUGUCUUUGUCGAGUACUGGAUGAUCGGUUGGGUGCCCGAGUACUUUGUGUUCUUCUGGGUCACGUUCUUCCUGUACACGUCGAUCUGUACGUUCUUCGGGCAAUGGAUGUGCGCGCUGUGCCCGAACACCAAGGUGGCGAACGUGGCGGUCGGUGCGCUGUCGUGCAUUUUCAACUUGUUCAGCGGGUUCUUGCUGCCGUACCCGAUGAUGGCGGACUGGUACAAGUGGAUCGUGUACGUUGUGCCGUCGAGCUACUCGCUGCGUUCGUUGGCGGUAAGCCAAGUGGGCAUCUGCGUCACCAACAGCGAUGGCACGAAGACCGGCAACGCGUGUAUGCCGUUGGUUGGCCAACCCGGGUACACCGGGACGGUUGCCGAUUGGGUUCAAGAACAGUUUGACUUCAGGCCCGACAACCGGUACAACUACAUGCUCGUGCUGAUCGGGAUGUGGGUCAUCCUGCAGACGUGCAUCUACUUGACGCUCAAGUACGUCAGCCACUUGAAAAGAUAG